AUCUCCUCUUGUGACUCUCCUCUCUGUAACUCUGCCCUUCGAAUAAGGAUAAAAUAAAUCGUUACAAAAUUUUCUUAUUUCCUAAUCAUUCAAACACAGGAGUUGUAUGCUGCUUAAACAAAGCGCCCUUUGCUUCCCUGUUUCUAAAAUGAUCAAGUGGUUGCCACAGAAACAAAGAACUGUGAUGUAGACUUGAACUCUGGGCCGUCUUUUCCUGACAGUUUCUCAGGAGCCUGAUUCCCUUGAGAAAGUGGCCCUUAGUCAAGGAGCUUCUCGGGCUCAAACCCAUGGCUCCUGCAAUUUCUGGAAGCUCUGGAGGGCACAGGAUGAGGAGUGGAACCUAGGGCUCUUCCCUGCAUUCUCCAGCCCUGCUUGGUCUUCUCCCGUGGGCCGAGCAGAAUCGAGGUUGUACGUGACUAGAAAGCCGCUCUUAUCGCUCUCUGGGCUGCCACAGCCCUCUCAGUCCCCGGGGCCCCCAACUCCUGGCCGCAGACCUUGCUCUGAUGGGCGCCAGGGAACCUUAUCUGUUGGGCACAGAGCUCGGCCGCUGCAGGCAGCGAUAGCAGCCGGACUACAUCUCCCAGCAUGCUCCUCUGGCCGCGCGCCGCCCGUCUCGACUGUCGCUUUUCUAAUCGGAAAGUUCCUUCUCCCGGCUCGGGAGCUCCAGGAGCCGACAGUGCGGCGUGAGCAGGGCUGUGGCGACAUGUCCUUGCACCUGGGUCGGCUGAGCGCUGGCCCCUGCUGGCGCACGGCGUGGGGCGGCCGCGGGGAGCUGCGCGCCUGGUCACGGCGCUGCGCGGCCCGACCCAUCGGCCGGUACCCUGGCACGGCUGGCACGGAGCAGAGCCGGGGGAUGGGGCACGGCCCCACCGCUCGGGGCGGCCCUUGGCUGGGGACCGGACUGGCCACGGCUCUGGCAGGUUUGGCUGGGAUGGCGGCUGCUGUCUUUGGGCACGUGCAGCGGGCCGAGAUGGUUCCCAAGAGCUCCGGGUCGCGGAGCCUGCCUCCCGAGAAACCCGAGGAGGAAGACGACCUGGCCCGCCGCUGCAGUUGCUUCAUGUCCAUGCCUGUGACCGACCUGCAGGAGCUGCGACGGAGACCGAACGAUAUGAAGACCAAGAUGGAGUUGCUAAUCCUGGAGACCCAGGCUCAGGUGUGCCAGGCGCUGGCACAGGUAGAUGGAGUUGCCAACUUCUCUGUGGACCGCUGGGAGAGGAAGGAAGGAGGCGGUGGCAUCAGCUGUGUGCUUCAAGAUGGGCGUGUUUUUGAAAAAGCUGGGGUGAGCAUUUCUGUCGUCCAUGGAAAUCUUUCUGAGGAAGCAGCAAAACAAAUGAGGAGCAGAGGAAAAACUCUGAAGACUAAAGAUGGCAAAUUGCCAUUUUGUGCAAUGGGUGUGAGCUCUGUUAUCCACCCGAAGAAUCCUCAUGCUCCCACUAUCCACUUCAAUUACAGAUACUUUGAGAUAGAAGAAGCUGAUGGUAACAAGCAGUGGUGGUUUGGUGGUGGAUGCGACCUCACUCCGACGUACUUGAACCAAGAGGAUGCCGUCCAUUUUCACAGAACUCUAAAGGAGGCUUGUGAUAAGCAUGGACCACAUCUUUACCCCAAAUUUAAAAAAUGGUGUGACGAUUACUUCUUCAUAGUCCACCGUGGAGAGCGGAGGGGCAUCGGCGGCAUCUUUUUUGAUGACCUGGACUCUCCGUCCAAGGAGGAGGUGUUUCGCUUUGUGCAGAGCUGUGCCCAGGCGGUCGUGCCGUCUUACAUCCCGCUGGUGAAGAAGCACUGCGAUGAGUCGUUCACAGCCCAGGAGAAGCUGUGGCAGCAGCUCAGGAGAGGACGGUAUGUCGAGUUUAACCUGCUGUAUGAUCGGGGCACAAAGUUUGGCCUCUUCACUCCAGGCUCCAGGAUUGAAAGCAUCUUGAUGUCGCUACCCCUCACUGCCCGAUGGGAGUACAUGCAUUCGCCCUCUGAGAAUUCCAAAGAAGCGGAAAUCCUGGAAGUCCUGCGCCAUCCAAGGGACUGGGUGCACUGAUGCGGGCGGCGCGGCGGACAGGCCCGGAACAGCUGCGUGUCUCUGCGCCGCUCUGGCCUGCACUGUUGCCACCGUGUGGCACUUGGUAGGUGCUAGAAUAUGCUGUGUACUGUCAGUGAUGGGUGGCUAGGUGGCAGGUUGUCAGAUGGGUGAUUACUUAAAAACUUAUUGUAAUUUUAGAAUCAUUUUAUGUGACUGGUUUACAGAAUUUGACAUGGAGUUUUCAGAGUCAAGUGAAAAGAACAUAAAUAUUAUAUAUGCCAGGAAGCUGCUCCUCUGAUGUUUCUUAUAUAUUUUUUUAAAGUUUCCGUUUCUGCCACAAAAGUCACUGAUGUUGGAUGCAUCUUAUUUUCAUUAAUUUUGUGAAGUUGAGCCUUUUAAGUAAUUUUAGGAACAUAAGUUGAAGGUGAAAGUUUUACUUGGUCAUGACAGAAGUCUCUUUGAUAUAAUCUUUAUGUAUUUUUCACCAGAAUCCAUAGUAAAAUAAAUAUUCAUUUUUAUAAUGAUUGAUAUUUAGCAUACUUGAAAUUUUCUUAAUCUCUGCAUAUGUCACACUUGAGUGACCUAUAGUUCUGACUAUAAAGUGACAUUAGUGUUCUUUAAACAAGGGAUGUCUGAGUUGUAAUUUUGAUUUUUAUGGAACCAUAAUUUAUUAAUGUUUGGAUCUCUGCUCUUUCAAAAAUAAAAGCUUAUAUCCCUGGAUCCUCAUACUUAGACAUGCUAUUUCAGAUAUUUCAACGUGAAAGUUUAGACUAACAACAGUCCUAGACUAUUAUGGUUGUAUGCAAUGUUUCCCAUUUGGAAAGUGAAAUGGGUUAUAUUUUCUUUCUGUAAUUAAAGCAGAUGUAACUAAUAUAAGAAACACAUAGGCAUUUUAUGCAAAUAUUUCUUUGUACAACUAAUUAAGAUCAUCGUCCUUUUCAAAUGAGAUAUUCACAACUUUAUUCAUAAGAGGGAAUCACAGCAAAAUUCUUAAUGUGCAACUUCUUGUUUGUGAUAUGGUAUUAUUUGUGUCAAUGUAUUGAAGAUUAUAAUAGUUUUUACACAUAUUAAUAAACAAUGUCCUGGAAUACAUUGAUUAUAUGUGAUUGUGACUUUUAGGGGUAGGAAAUGUGUACAUUUUUCCAACUAUUUUACAAUAGAUUUAAUAAACUUUAUUAUGAAAGAA